AUGCGCUUCGUUCUUUCCCUUCCUGAUGAGUUCCUAGCCAAGCGUGGGCUUGACCGCUCAACGCUUGAGCUUCUUGCUGAGCAGGAAGAGCUGUUCCUUGCCAACAGCCGACGCUUCGAAAACUCCGAUGCGCCUUUGCCUCAGGGCAUAUCUCGUAGCGAGAUGGAAGCGAUUGUUCAGCAAGAACUGGCUGAGUUUGGAGCGGCCGCCUACCCCCCAUCAUCGUUCUUCGGGACCUCUGGAUCACUUUUUCCCCGUCGCCAACAAGCCGCCCACCAUCUCGUCGCGGUUGCUUCUGCUGGCACUGCUUCACAAUCCCGCGACGGCACAGAUUGGACAUUGAUUCGUGGGCGGGUAGUCAAUGCAACCAACACAUAUCACUCGUAUUCACGAGAGGCUGGUGGCGGUCAGUAUCCAGGUCGUUAUGUGUUUGAAAGAGAGCGAGUCUACCAGAGACAGCCCGACGGCACAUACCGCUGGGUUGCUUUUGCGCAGUGCUCUCGCGCCACGCUGGCCGGGAGUGCCACAAAAAACCUCGAGCAGAUAGUUCGAGACGUCGGCGGAAACCCUGCGACAUUCAAGUCCAGGAGCGACAUGGCAGACUUUGUGUUGGCCCGGGAGCGGCCUCUAGGCGUUGUUCGCAAGGAGGACGAAGCAGAGAUAUUCUGCGGUUCGUUUCCAGUCAAUUUGGGCCCACCGGCGUCAGAGUGCUACUGGGGUGUUGGGCAGUGGGAGAAUGGGGUCCUCCACAUUGAAUCAGCCUUGCAGGUGCAGGUGGAGGACUGGAGGGUAACACCGUAUGUGGGUUAA